AUGAAUAAUCGCCGUUAAAACAGUGGUGAAAGCCAAGGGUUUUUGUAUUGGAAUUUGGCGUUUAAGCUUCUUCUUCUUUCAUCUGAUUGCAGAAGCCUCUCAAAGGGGAAAAAAUGGUGUUAUCAAACAAGAAAUUAAAGCAGAAGCUAAGGGCCGAGUUUGCGAAAAAAUCUCUUUCCAAAGACAUUGAUUCUACAAAACCAACAAAUGUAGAAACCCCCAAUUCUGUGAAACAACUUAUAGAUUCCGUAACCCAGAAACCCAGAUUAUCAAAACGGGAAAAACGUAGAGAAAUCCUCUCUUCUACGCAAAUUAAUGGUGAAAGCUUUAAUGCCCAUGUUGAGAACAUUUCCAAGGGAAAGAAGAGGAAGAGAGAUAAAAAGGGUGAUGAAAAUGGGGGAGGAUUGGAUGGAAAUGUUGUUAAGGAUCAAAAUAAUGUGGUGGAAAAUGGAGGAGGGGAUAUGGAACUGAGUAUGAAAGAAGGUAAAGCUGCUAUGAAGAAGAAGAAAGCAAAGAAGAAUAAGAAGAAGAAGAAGAAGAAAAGUAAGAGUGAUAAGCAGGAGAAUCAAGCUGAGCUUCCAAAUGAAGUUCUUCCCCAACAAAUUGUUGCUGAAACUAGUGAAUGUAAUAAAGAUGAUUGUAAGAAAGUUUAUGUUGGAGGGAUGCCAUAUAGUUCGACCGAGGAUGAUAUUUGGAAUUACUUUGAUCAUUGUGGUACAAUAACUGAUAUUGAUUGUAUGAAAUUUCCUGAGAGUGGAAAAUUCAGGGGAAUUGCCAUUAUCAGUUUCAAGACAGAAGAGGCAGCUAAAAAGGCAUUAGCGCUAGAUGGCUCCGACAUGGACGGCCUAUACCUGAAAAUUCAGCCCUAUAAGACAACUCGCACUGUUAAAUUACCAGACUUUUCCCCAUCAAUCAUAGAGGGCUAUAACAGGGUCUAUGCGGGCAACUUGUCAUGGGAUAUUACAGAAAACGACUUGAGAAUACUCUUCUCUGAUUGUAAUAUAUCAUCCAUCCGAUUUGGCGAGGAUAAAGAGACGGGGGAAUUCAAAGGCUAUGCUCAUGUGGACUUCUCUGACAAAAUCUCUCUAACGAAGGCAUUGCAACUAGAUCAGAAGUUAGUCUGUGGAAGGCCUGUGAAGAUAAGUUGUGCAGUCCCUAGGAAAGGAGCUCCUAUGAAUGUGAUUUCUACUCCAACGCCACCAGCUGCACAACCAACUCCCCCAGCUGUACAACCGCAGGGGAAUAAUAGUGGAGUUGCCUCAGGGAAGAUCAGGAGGAGGACUUGCUACGAAUGCGGUGAGAAAGGCCAUCUUUUUUCAGCCUGUCCAAAAAAACAGGCGACCGAACAAGCUAAUCCAAAUGCUAGCUAGUCGUCUAUGAUGAUGGAAUGUGACCAAUCUUGUUACGAUGGAGAUGAUGGUUAGCAGAUGGUGGCCGGUAGGAGAGUUUGCAGACAUGUUGGAAGAUGGCUGGAGUUUCACGAGCAUGCCGCAUGCGUAAGACAGGCAUUGUUCAGCAACUGAGUUGGGAAUUGCAUGUUCUACAAUUUUGCAUUUGUUUGUAAGCUCAAAAAUAGACUCCUUUUGAGUUUGGUUGAAGAAGGAAACACUGCAGAAGUAUUGAAUCCAUGUUUAAACCUACCAAGUUUCUUUGAAAGUACAAUUUGAAUAA